CACACAGGUCAACGUGUCCAUGAUCCAUGCAGUCCAGGGCUGAACGUGUCUGUCCGUCGUCUGCACGCGUGGUUAUCUCGGACUCGCCUUGAUCUUCAAUAUCAUGAUAUCUAUGUGAAGCACGUUUGAUAUCCCUUUUGAAAGCCGAAGGACAGAGACGAUGUGCGCCCCGAAGCCUCAUCGCAGGGCACAUAUCCUGUCCCAACCGAGAAAUCCUGUGGUGAAAGGUAAGCGUACCUCACGUUUCUCCCGCUGGGGAUGACCUGACAUGAGGAUCCCUGUUGGCCAACUUAAUUUCGAGGGCGCAUGUGAAGUCGCGCAUGACGGCUCGUCAACAAUGCAUCGUUAUGGCGUCGUGGCCAGUUGAGAACUGCUGCAGGCGCCUCUCAAUGUCCACAGCGUCCGCCAUGAGGCAGCAUACUUUCGCACUGUCUCCUCGUCCGAUGUUCACAUAGUCGUCCACCUUUAGUGCUUGUCCGCAGCUUGGAGGCGCGUACUAAGGUUAAUGUCUCUCUCAAAGCUCACCUUGACAUUUCCUAGCGAAGAGCCCGCGCUUUCGUGCUAUGUGAAUCGGGAUAUCUCGAUCUCGUGGCUAUCUACAGGGCUGCUGUUCCUCCCGGGACCAACACCGCUGGCAUCCAAGACUCUGUACGACGUUGGGAUAUCUGUCGCGAUGGUCCUGCAGGUCUUGCAUAUAUAAGUUGAAGUUGGGACUCACAGGCUCCCCAAGGGCCGUCGACCUCUGCUCACAAACGCUCUCUACUCCUCUUUCCUGUAAAAACCGGAACUAUGUCUCGGGAACUUGACCUCAAGGAGCUGGCGACGCUUCCUUUGUUCAGUAUUGUGUACACUCCCAACGCUCUUACCCAGCAGUAUAAAAAGCUCGGAGAUGGCUAUUUCUAUCCGAAAUCCUGGUUGUCAGACAACGUGUUCGAUAUGCGGCUCGAUCAGGACUUUCCCGAUGGUUCUCUGGCAUGCCUUACAAGCGAGGAGCUCCCCAAACACUUCGUCAAGCGGGGCCCCUCGUGGUUGAGUGUCAAUCCCUCUUGCAACGCGUUCACUCUUGACACUCCCUUCGGACAUCGCAGGGCUGAAAUUGGGGCUAGUCCUGUGUCGAACAGCUCGCCACCGAUCAUUGACCAAACUCCAUAUCGAAACGGCAAGGUGCCUACAGGCGUCGAUGCAAUCGUCCAAUUUGAUGAUGUCCCUAUGUUAUUCGCCGAAAAAGGGGAUGUGUCAGAGAGCACAUCUGACGCAUUCACAGGAGAAUUAGCUUCCAAACAGAAGGUGUCUAUACGCUUCGGGUUCCCAAAAUCUGGUGUUUGUGGCUACCAGGAAAAACAGCAUAAUAUUCGAAGCGCGAAUGGAGUGGGUUUCAGCCGCGGCAAGGUGGCGGCUCUAGUCGCCCGAGAAGUCAGGUUGCUGUUGGACAAAAUGCAGAGCCACAACUGUCCGCUCAGCUUUAAAGGCAAGCCGGUGGCCCUCGAAGAUCUGGUCCUGGUCGAUGUCCGGCAUGUAUCGCCAGUAUCCAUACAGCCUACGAUUGCGGUUUUACCACAAAAGUAUCUGUAGGCCCGAAGCUAUGGACACCUUCGAAAGGCCGGCCCGAGGGGACACCAGCUGUCUUGUAUUGGCGUGCAUUCUCUCAUUCUAUUCUUCCAUACCGUGCUUCCUUAUGUCCUUAUCUAGUUCGCCAGAUCGAAUGUCUAUCAACUAGUAUCUAGGUCGCGUUUCUGCAUAUGUCAUUGGCGUCUCCGUCUUGUUCCUAGCUCUCCUUCAUAUCUAUGGUUUUGUCACGUUGUAGUAGCAUCGAGCUUGGUCUCUGGCCCUAUCCCCUGUCCUUGACAUGACUGAUACGAGUCUCACUAUAUGUUAUGCGAAGGUCGACUCCAAGCGUUUGCAUUCUUAUACCCUAACGUUCCGUGUCGUGAUAGUUCAUAGGCAUUAGAUUCUCAGCAGUGCGUGAGGUGUCGUAAUAAUCCAUUAUAUUUCCG